GCAUGAACAUUUUAAUGGUCCUGAGUCUUCCACAUAAAACAUAUGUUUGUAUUUGUACAUUUUGAUUGACCACCUUAAAAGUUAACUGAAAAUAAGAGACACUCUAAUGAGGAAAAUGACAGCGUGCUGCACCACAGGAGACAGUUACAGGACUGGUGCUGUUCCUCUCUCUUCCGCUAGAGGGUACAACACACUCUGUACCCGCUAAACGCAGAACAGGACACUUCCUGUCGUUGAUAAACAGCGAGCACAUGCUGAGCACAAUUUUUGUCGUUUUGUCUCAUAACAAAAUGACAACAACUUUGAUUUAAAUACUAAUUUAGUAGCUUGAUAUUUUGCAGUUGUCAUGCCUCUGCUAUUACACGCUGCACAAUGAAAGACUUCACUACUCCGGGCAUUGAUGGAUUUUGUAACAGAGUUUGCCACAGUCAUGUCAUGUGUGAUUUUGUCUGUGUCAUCAUUGCAUGCUGCGUAUCGGCUAUUCAAGGACCACAGAGCCUCAUCAGUGGGCUUCCUCCUGAUUGGCCUUUCCUCAAUCCUUUCAGUCUUUUCUCCCUGUAACCAAACUGUCAAAUCACUCACGAACGAUCUAGAAUGGGCAGGUGAAUCACUUGGUCCUGUUCUUGUUACUUUUGACUUCUUGUGGCUAAGUGAGGACCACAUCACUGCUAGUAUCCUCCUGAUUGGCUCUACUUUUUUCAUAAUGCUCUCUGAUUGGUUAUCAUCAGAUGGGUUGGUCGUUAUGUCACGCUGCCUGGCAUUUUCCACCCUCUCCUGUUCGCUGACAGUGUGUGCGUUUGCUGAAAAUGCAGCAGGGGCAGUAGGGAGUGUUGCUCUCAGUCUGCCUUUAUUAGUUUCCCCAAGGACCAGAUCUGGGUCUUUGGGUUCCCUAGUGAUGCCUACAGAAGGACUUCUCAGCUGGAUCCUUAAAGUCAUCAUGGCAGUAGGAUGCUGGACCACUGGGAAGGCCCUUAAUAAAUACCUGUUUGAUUUAAAAGGCUGGGACUGACUAAAGCAAUGGUUUCUAAAGACAACAGAGAACCACAAAAUGCUACUUUAUUAUUAUCAGUAUAGUGUUACUGUUGCAUAUAAAGGCCUUUUCUGUCUUGAUAAGCUAACAGCAUAUUAUAAUGUACUACAGAAACAGUUUAUAUAUAUAUAUAUAUAUAUAUAUAUAUAUAUAAUAUAUUUGUAAUAAAAUAAGGGAGUUUGCUUAUACCAUUUAUUCCAUUACACUGACUUUGAGGUCUAGUAAAACCCGUGAGCAAUGAAUAAAUUGUUUUAGCAUCUGCAACAAUGAAGUCUUUGUAAGGAAAGAAUGGGACUCUGUUUAAACCAGUGUUGCCAUGUCCUGUCAUUAUGAGCAACUUUGGUAAAUGUGCAUGAAAAAUUAACUCAUUAAUUGACAUGUCCAGUUAUAUAUAUAUAUAUGUGUGUGAAUUUUUGUAAAAUAAAGUAAAUAUUAAGGUUUUUUUAAGUAAAAAUGCAACUUAAAGAGAUAAUUCGCCUAAAAAUUACAAUUCAUUUACUCACCCACACCUCUAUGAAUUUACAUUACAUUUACAUUUAUUCCUUUAGCAGAUGCUUUUAUCCAAAGUGACUUACAAAUGAGGAAUAGAACAAGCAAUUCAUCAUAAUCUCUUUCUCCUGCUGAACACAAAAGGAGUGAUUGUGUUUAGUCACUGCAGGUUCAUGUAGUUUGUUUUACUUGCGAGAUCUCAUCUCUGACAACACUGGUUUAAAGAUGCUUAGUGUUAUAUGUUUGAGCAGAGGACAGGUUGAUUCAAACAAUGAAGCACAGAAAAGAAACAUCAGUGUAUGCUGUUGCAAUAAAUCUUUAUUUAUAUUUUUAACCUGAAUUGGCAGGUUUGGUGAACAAGUCACAAACUUGUAUUAUUCAAAAUUUGGAUUUUGCAUGGACUUGAUUAUUUGAAACGUUGAAUAAAAUAUUAAAACCAAACAUUAUUUCUUGCUCACUGUAUGUGAUGUUAUUUUAAAUAUCAUGCUGAUGCAUCUUGUAAUUGAGGUGUUCGAUAAUCACGAAGGACACGAGGGAAUCGCAAGCCUAGAUUUAGUGCUUGUAGUGCACUAAUGUACAAUCCUUUUAGGAAGUCUCCAUUGAGAUAUGAUUUUAAAUUAGCCACUUUUAUUUCUUCAAUAUUAUGACACUUGUAAUAGGGAAGGGGUACGCAAUGAGAAUGGUCCAUUACAGUCAGCGUUUAGUAUGCUGGAGGCCUGAGCAUAAGGCAAGGCAUUUUAAUCAUUCUGAUUGAUGAUUAUCCCUGGCACUUUGUGAACGAUUGUAUCAUUAGAGAGAGCAUGUUAUCAAUAAAGUGUUCCAUCAGUUUUAAAUUUAUUAUAGUAGCAGUAACCCUCUAACAUCUGCCUCAGUUUAGUGGUGCUAGCUAAGGGAGGCACCUUUUGGUUUUGCUUAGGCAAUUGACUGUGGAAUUGCUUUUGCUUGUACUUUUUGAAAACUCCUGACCCUCAGUAUUAAACUUAGAGGCAAAUGAUACCCUCUAUGCCUUAUUUUUUGCCUAGUAGAGAAUUAAUCGGACAAAAAAAUGUCCUAGUAUCUAAGAACUGGAAUGGAUCACUGAACCUUGCAAGUGGGCUUAUUUGUUACUUGUAAACAGCUAGCAACCACCUGGACCCAAACAGUCAUCCAGAUCACCCUACCAAACAAGCAGCAACCACUCUAACAACUACCUAGCAAACACCUAUAAUCAACCAGAACACCAUAGCAAACACCCAGCAACCAUGUAGAAUACUCUAGCAAACACCUAGACCCCAACAACCAUCCAGAACAUUAUAGGGAAAAAAAUAAUACUAGACUAUAGCAAAAACUUAGCAACCAUUAAAAACACCUUACCAACAACAUAGAAUACUCUAGCAGACAACUAACCCUAGCGACCAUACAGAUCAAUCUAACGAGUAUUUAGCAACCAUCUACAACACCUUAUCACACAGUUAACAACUAACUACUUUAGCAUAACUUAGCGUAAUGUAACAUAACUUCAAUAAAAAAAUAAAUGGCAAGUUCUGUCAUGAAACUCUAGAUGGCGCAGGCUGAUUGGUCAUUUAUGAUUUUUUUAAUGAUAAUUAAAAUCAAUGAUAUUCACAGCGUUAAACUUCUUGGAAUAAGCUGAUUGGUUCAUUUUGCAUACAUAGCCAAUAAGCUUGCUGCUUUGCAUUUAAAUGGCUGGUUUGCAUCCACUACAGCAUUUUGCAGUGCUUUAAAAGUAACUCUGAAACCCUCCACCUUCCCCUUCCCCAGCUCCAUCUGUAUAAAUCUGCUACAGGUUAUUUUCUAUGAUAUUAGUGCAGCAGAAGUAUGUCUUAAAUACUCACCCUCACGGCAUAUGUAUUGGCAGUAGCAAGUUCCUGUACUUGCUUUGCAGCAGCAGCAGUAAUCUACAAAAACAACAGCAUAGCAGAUCUAUUCCGCCAAGACCAAAUACAUUUACAUCGUAAUUAGGGCUGCACGACUAAUGAGAGAAAUAUAAAAAUGGUUUCCCCCUCUCCCUCUCUAUUGAAAUUCUGUUCCAGGGAGAUCGCUUAAACCCGCGAACUAAGAAAAAGUCUGCAACAACGUGUAGAAGUAGUUCAAUUUCACAUUGAUUAAGAUUCGCUCCAGUGUCCUCACUCCUCUACCCACCCUGCAUCAUGCCACAAUAUUAUAUGUAUUUUUAUCAUGACAACUCUCUGAGGGUUUAGCAUGGUAAUGUAUAUGACAGUGUUAAUGUUUUUGUUCUUGGUGGAAUAGACCUGCUACACUGUUACUGCUGUGACAGAGCAAGAACUGGACUUGCUUCUUCCAAUACAUCCACGAGAUUCUGCUGUGAGCAUGUAAGAAAUACUGCUGCUGCACAUAUAACAUAAAUAACACCUAUAUAGCAUACUUGAAUCCAAUGGUUCUAUAGCAGGUGGAGUUGGGGAAGGUGGAGGGUUUUCUGAAGCAUGUUGCACCUGCUACAGCAGGCAUUAGCCAAGUAUAUGAAUUUUGAGGCGCGAGCUCAUAGGCUGCUGAUACAAAAAAAAACUUGAUAAUGAUGUCAUUAUGUCAGAUUGAGAUUGAACUAUCAUACUGCGCCAUGUUGUGUUGUGUUGUGACAGAACUUUGGAUAUAUGAAUCAUGUCAAUAUAAAAUAAACUAUUUGAGAAACAAAAAAGGGUCACUCCUAAAAAAAGUUUAAAACCACUGCCCUAGCAACCAUUUAGAUUACCCUACCAAACACCAAGCAACCACACAGAACACCCCAGCAACCACUUGGCACAUAGCGAUCAUGAAUACAGCAGAAAUUAUACAAGCCCGAUUCCAAAAAAGUUGGGACACUGUACAAAUUGUGAAUAAAAUCAGAAUGCAAUGAUGUGGAAGUUUCAAAUUUCAAUAUUUUAUUCAGAAUACAACAUAGAUGAUAUAUCAAAUGUUUAAACUGAGAAAAUGUAUAAUUUUAAGGGAAAAAUAAGUUGAUUUUAAUGUUAAUUUCAUGGCAUCAACACAUCUCAAAAAAGUUGGGACAAGGCCAUGUUUACCACUGUGUGACAUCCCCUCUUCUUUUUAACAGUCUGCAAACAUCUGGUGACUGAGGAGACAAGUUGCUCAAGUUUAGGAAUAGGAAUGUUGUCCCAUUCUUGUCUAAUACAGGCUUCUAUUUGCUUAACUGUCUGAAGUCUUCUUUGUCGCAGCUUCCUCUUUAUGAUGCACCAAAUGUUUUCUAUGGCUGAAAGAUCUGGACUGCAGGCUGGCCAUUUCAUUACCCGGAUCCUUCUUCUACGCAGACAUGAUGUUGUAAUUGAUGCAGUAUGUGGUCUGGCAUUGUCAUGUUGGAAAAUGCAAGGUCUUCCCUGAACAGGACGACGUAUGGAUAUGAGCCUAUGUUGUUCUAGAACUUUGAUAUACCUUUCAGCAUUGAUGGUGCCUUUCCAGAUGUGUAAGCUGCCCAUGCCACAUGCACUCAUGCAACCUCAUACCAUUAGAAAUGCAGGCUUCUGAACUGAGUGCUGAUAACCACUUGGGUUGUCCUUGUCCUCUUUAGUCUGGAUGACAUGGCGUCCCAGUUUUCCAAAAACAUUUUUUUAAUUUUGAUUCGUCUGACCACAGAACAGUUUUCCACUUUGCCACAGUCCAUUUUAAUUGAGCCUUGACUUAGGGAAAACGCCAGCGCUUUUGGAUCAUGUUUAGAUAUGGCUUCUUUUUUGACCUAUAGAGUUUUAGCCGGCAACGGCGAAUGGCACAGUGGAUUGUGUUCACCGACAAUGUUUUCUGGAAGUAUUCCUGAGGCCAUGUUGUGAUUUCCAUUACAGUAGCAGUCCUGUAUGUGAUGCAGUGCCUUCUAAUGGCCCGAAAAUCACGGACAUCCAGUAUGGUUUUCCGGCCUUGACCCUUACGCACAGAGAUUGUUUCAGAUUCUCUGAAUCUUUGGAUGAGAUUAUGCACUGUAGAUGAUGAUAACUUCAAACUCUUUGCAAUUUAUCUCUGAGAAACUCCUUUCUGAUAUAGCUCCACUAUUUUUUGCCACAGCAUUGGGGGAAUUGGUGAUCCUCUGCCCAUCUUGACUUCUGAGAGACACUCUGGGAGGCUCUUUUAAUACCCAAUCAUGUUGCCAAUUGACCUAAUAAGUUGCAAGUUGGUCCUCCAGCUGUUCCUUAUAUGUACAUUUAACUUUUCCGGCCUCUUAUUUCUACCUGUCCCAACUUUUUUGCAGUGUGUAGCUCUCAGGAAAUACAAAAUGAGCCAAUAUUUGGCAUGACAUUUCAAAAUGUCUCAACUUCAACAUUUGAUAUGUUAUCUAUAUUUUAUUGUUAAUAAAAUAUAAGUUUAUGAGAUUUGUAAAUGAUUCCAUUCCUUCUUUACUUACAAUUUGUACAGUGUCCCAACUUUUUUGGAAUUGGGUUUUUAUAACAACAUGAACACUCAGAACACUUUAGUAACCAUGUAAUAACACUCUGGCAACCAUCCAGGAUACCCUACCAAAUACCAAGCAACCACACAGAACACCCUAACAACGACUUGGCACAUAGCAGCCAUCUUGAAUACAGCAGAAAUCAUGUAACAUGCUAAAACCACCCAAAACACUUUAGCAAUGUAAUAACAAUCUGGCAACCUACCACAACUAGUUGCCAAGUUUUGCACAGCAAAACACCACUCAUAUUUUCUUUGGAAAAAGUAAAAAUCUUCUGUCUACAGGCAAAAAAUAUCAUCAGAAUUUAAGCUCUAUGUGUCUGUGUUAAUUCACAAUCUUGCUGCGUUAGAAACUAAGGAAAGACAGACUUUUGGUUCUCAUAAUUCACCACCAUAGAAUCCUUUUCUAUGGUUGUCACUCGCUCUCAUCAAUCUCCAUUAGUUUCGCCCCACCACUGCAGUGCACAGCACCUCUGCGCUGAUUGUACUCAAACACUGGUGAGGAGAGAGAGGAAGGGGGAGGAGAGAUAUGGAUACUGAGAGAGGAGGAGAAGAAGGAGGGGGGAAAGGAAGCCAGGAAUAGCAGGUUGGACAGAUGUGCCGAGUCAAGAGCUGGUGUUGCCAUCCAAAUCCCGGAGAACGGGCACAGAAUCAUCAUGUAGAGCUUCAAAGCUGAAGAACGAGAAUGACUGCAGUUGUUAAGGAUCAACCUCAAACAGAUAUGUGAGAAGAGCAGAGGGAUGCUGUGAAGACAAAGCAUCUAUUUCCAGCCGCUGUCGUUGUAACAUCCACAUCGCAGGAAACAUGUAUGCCUUCUAUUCUCUGCUGGUGUACAUCUUCUACACCGUUUUCAAAAAGGAGGAGGAGGCAGAACUCGAGGGGGCGUGCGGAGAAUCCCCAGAGGAGCCUGGCCAUGUUUCCAUGGAAACAGAGAGCAAGGGGAAGGGUAGCCACACCCCCAGGUUGGGCAAAAGAGGGUGUGCAAAUCUGAGCGAUUCGAGCAGCAGUAGUGAUAGUGAUGGGACGUCCCUCAGUGAUGGCGAUGAUGAGUUUGAUGAAGGUCAUGGAUUACCUGCCAAAACACCAUUAACAGCUUUCCUGUCUUUCAAGCAAGAGGCAGAAAGGCGAAGAGCCACUAAUUCUCCAGCAGAACCGAAUGAAAAGGUGACAGAGUCGCCAUUGCUGUCUGUGAUGUCACACCUCCUAAGUUUUCUGGAGCAGUAUUCCCAUCUGCAACAGCUGCAGCAGCAGGCGGAUCAGUACCGUCUGCAGCUGCGCAGACACCGCGUCCAGCACCGGCGGAAAAUGAAGGCCCUGCGUGCCUCCUACCGCCAGCGCCUCAAAGACAAGAACAGUGUUAUUAACAGCCUGGAGGAAGUGAUUGCUCAGCAGCAGAGCCCAUCAUAUGAAAAUGAGGGUGACUGCAUGCUUCCUGCAGCGUCUCCGGUUGGGCUGCAUAAUUUGGUUCAGUCUCUUUGCGGUCUGCAAGUAGAAAAGAGUCAGCUGAGAGGAGAGCUGCGAUUGCUUCAUUCCCAGCUUGAGCAGAGAGAACGAGAUCGCCAUACUAACGUACAGGUCUUCCAACAGCAGAUAGAGGAGCUGAAGAGCUGUAUCGAAGAAAGAGAAGAGGAGCUGUCCAAACUCAGAGUUGCAUCGGGAGUAACAGACUCAGAAAAACGAGUGCUUUGCUUAUCAGCAGAGAACGAGAGUUUGAAACACAGCCUCACAGUGACACAGGGUCUUCUGCAGCAGCUGUCAGUCAUCCCAUCCCAGUCCAGCUCUGUGCUCAUCAAGGAAAACGAGAACCUGCGCAGUCGCGUUCUGCAGCUGGAGAGUUCACUGCAGCAGCGAGCAGAGCAGCUGUCACAUCUGGAGCACCAGAGGGAGCAAAGCGACUGGAGAAAAGCAGAAGAGCUCAGGAGACGAGAGGAGAGCGUGAGAGAGCUGCGGCUCGAAUUGGACAAAGAACGUAACAAGGAGCCUGUAGUUAAAUAUGUUACCCAAACUGUGGAGGUAGAGUCACCUUCAACUCUUCGCCAACUGUCCGAAGCCAGAAAACAGAAUGAACAGCUUUCUGAGAAGCUAAGCAAUCAGAGAGAACGAUGCCGACAAUUGGAGGAGAACAUCCGGCAUUCAGAUGAAGUCAGCUGCAAUUUGCAACACAAGAUUGCUGCAUAUGAGAGGGAGAUUGGGACAUUAAGAGAGGAGCUGCUGAAGGAGAUCGGGCAUCUUGAGGAAAACAAAGAAGCGGCUGUCAAAGCAGCAGCUAACUGCUCUCAGGAGCAUCUCCAGAGCCUGCAGGAUCAGUUCACAACCCUCCAGAAGCGCCUGAGUGCUCUGCCUCCCACAUUGCGCACCAUGAAGACCGAUUAUGCCAGCCUUCGCACCCAGGUCCGCAACUUUUCUGACUUCUAUGGAUCGGCUAUCAAAGAAGCCAAGAAACAGAUUACGGCAGCUAUAAAUGAGAUGUCAGAGGCCAACAAAGACCUUUUGGAAAAAUAUAGAAAGGAGGUAGCUCUCCGCAGGAAGUACCACGAGCAGCUGGUUGAGCUUAAAGGUAAUAUCCGUGUGCUGUGCCGUGUAAAGCCAGUACUGAAGGAAGAUCAACAUGAAGAAGGCCAAGCAGUAGUUGUGACCACAGACCCCAAUAAUGAAUCUGCACUCACAGUUUUAAGCAAAGGAAAGGCUAAAAACUUCGAGCUGGAUAAAGUUUUCCACCCUCAGGCCACUCAAGAAGAGGUGUUCCAGGAAAUUGAGCCACUCAUCACAUCCUGUAUAGAUGGAUAUCAUGUUUGCAUCUUUGCUUAUGGCCAGACAGGAUCUGGCAAGACCUAUACUAUGGAGGGAACUGUCGAGAGCCCGGGCAUCAACCAACGAGCCCUGAAACACCUCUUCAAUGAGAUUGAGGAAAGGAAAGACAUGUGGACAUACACCGUUAGUGUCAGCUCGGUGGAAAUUUACAACGAGGUCCUGAGAGAUCUGCUCACUAAGGAUGGAGAGAAACUUGACAUCAAGAUCAACCCUGAUGGGACGGGUCAGCUUCAUGUGCCAGGACUCAGGGUCAUGGAGGUCAAAAGCUUCCAGCAUAUCAAGAAAAUUUUGGCCAUAGCUCGGAAGAACAGGAUUACAUUUGGAACACAGAUGAACCAGCAUAGCUCUCGAUCUCAUGCCUUGCUUACUGUGACUGUGCUGGGCACAGACCUCGCCAGUGGAGCCAAAACCACAGGCAAGCUGAAUCUCGUGGAUUUGGCUGGUUCUGAGAGGGUGUGGAAGUCUGGGGCAGAGGGGGAGAGACUGAAGGAAGCCCAGAAUAUCAACCGCUCACUUCUGGCUCUAGGAGAUGUGAUCCAGGCCUUGAAGGCCCACCAGACUCACAUACCCUUCAGGAACUCACGACUCACCUACCUGCUGCAGGACUCACUGGGAAAAGGCAACAAAACCGCCAUGGUUGUUCAGGUUUCUUCUCUUGAGAGCAAUGUAGGAGAGACUUUGUGCUCGCUAAAAUUCGCCCAGCGAGUGUGUAAGGUGGAACUAGGCCCUGCUGCAAGAAAAAUCGAGAUGGGGGCACAUAUCGAAAGCAAAAAUUAAUGCAUACCAUCAGCCCUCACAAGUAAACACCAGAAAUGGUGUCAACUCGAGCCUUGCACUUUUCCAAUCCUACUCAAGGGCUACAGUUCUGAAAACCGUUUCUUCCUGCUACCUAACAAUGGCUUUUCUUCACCAGCUGAUCUGCAUGUCAAAGUCUCACCAACACCGCCAAUAUCUAGACAAGCUCUCUGUCACCAUAAGUUCAAAAUAUCACAGAAAAUUCUCCACAGGGAAGACUGGUGAUGAUAUUUCAGUAAAUCUUGCAUAUAUAUAAAACCUUUGUGGAUACACUACACAAGAGGCCACAGUAUCUUAAGUGUGUAAUGCUUUAAGUUUCUACUGAUAUUUACUCAAAAACCUUUAAAUUGUUUGGUAUAAUAUAGUCUAGGAAAUAAUGGCCAAAUUAUGUUUUUGUGUGUGUGUGUGUAUGGUUGGUGUGAUCUUCUAUGAUUGUUAUGUGUUGAACCAGCCAAUCUGUCUUUUAUUAGGUUCAGAGGAUGUGAGUUCAGCCAAAUUGUACAAGAUCAUUUGCUGAUUUUAUUUCUGACAGAGGUGGUAGCUUAGCAUUUCAAGAUCCAAGCUAAUAAGGUCUCAUUUUCAACCACUAGGGCCUCAUUUAUAAAGUGUUCGCAUGCACAGAUUUGAUCAUAGUGUGUGUGUGGACUGAAUCCACGCCAAGAUUAGUUGCGAUUUAUAGCCAAUGCUGCAUUUACACUUGGCAUUAACAAGGGAUCACUGUGAUCCGAUCAAAAACUUCCGAUCAUCAAUAAAUCAGAACAUGGGGCGUUUAAAAUGGAACACAUCAUCUGACUUUUCUGGAUAACUGAUUGGAUCAGUUUUUCCCACGCAAUAUUUAAAUAAGUCUGUAGAGAAUGGACCGGUACAACAUCAACCUGAAGUGGUGGUAGGUUUUCUUUUGAAAAGCGUUUUCAGUCGCGGACACACAAUGCGUAGCUAUGUCGCAGGACACGCUGAUCGGAUAACAUUCCGAUCCAAGGUGUAUGUGGACAACAUCCGGAUACAGGUCGCAUGUUAAUGCCAAGUGUAAACGCAGUCAUAUAUUUCACAUCUGAAAGAGAGGCGUACAUUCAUUUUAUGAAUCACAUGUACGCGUAUUAGAGAGAUGAUCGUAGAUCAAUUUUAGGAUGGUUUCUACGCAACAUUGUAAGGCCCCUAAAACGGUGAUUCAUGAAUUGGCUGAUUUUUUAGUUAUUUGAUAACACCACUCUGUCAAUGAAGGAAGUAAUAAAGUCAGGAUUUGGAAAAGGAAACCAUUUGCGAAAGACGAGAACGAAUGUAUCUACACUUCACAUGAUAUUGUGUGCAAUAGCACCUCUUAGUGGUGAGCAUCUCAUUUUUUGGUUUUGGCCCAAUUGAGAGUGACCACACAGAACAAAAUGUUACUCUUAAACAUUAAUAUAUUUUCAUUAUUAAUUCGUAAUAAACCUACCAUUAUACAACAUAUCAAUAUAUUUAAAUGAUAUAGGAUUAUUAUCCUUCUACAAUGUUUAGGACAAUUUUACGUUUAAUGUGAAAUGUCAUUUUUUGUCUUGUAGUUUUAGUCAUGUUACAGAGGGAGGUGAGGAAUGCACUUUAUUGUCAAAGACUUGUGCUGUCCGUACAACUUGUCUUUUAAACAAAAUAUACAGUAGGUCAAUCAGUUUGUUUCUUUUAAAUCAUGGCAGAAUUCUAGAAGAAGAAGAAAAUUUUAAUUAUUAAAAAUUUUAUUAACUCUUCUUCAAGCGAAAAUGUACUUGAUUUUAUUAAGUACUUGAAGAGACUGGUUUAUGGACACACUCUAAUUUAUUCAAACUUAUUCUAAACAUCUUGGAGCCAGAAUAAUGUAUUGCAGUUGUAUCUGUACUGUUCUCCUCUAUGAUAUUGUAUUCUUCUCUGUAAUGUGUCUGAUUUUAGAACUCUCUCAUAUUAAUGACAAAGGAGACAAAUACAACAUGGAAAUAUGAAUUUAGCCCUUCUUUCUCAGCAUUUAGGUUCUGUUUUAAAAGAAGUGUACUGGCAUUGGAUAAUGUUUUUAUCUUAAGACCCAGAAAGGAAAAAGACAGAGUCCAUUUAGAAAAGAAAGAACUGUUUACUUAUACAAAACAACAAAAUAAAAAAAGUAGAAAGUC